CAACGUUCUUAAAUAAAAUUUCAGUCUUAGGUCAAAUUACUACCGUCCAAGUCGACUAUUGUGUCACUAUUUCCGCCGUAUAUAGGUUAUGUGUUAGAACGAAACAGACGUACGCGAUCGCGUCUUUACACCACUCAUGCGCACUUCGAUAGUGUGAGCAUUGGCCGUGUGAGAGCGCUGGGCGGCGCAGAGUUUACCGAGGCUCCGUAGUAUCGUAUUGUGCGCUCAGCUGUGCUCGUGUGUGCUGUCAAAGGUGCACAUAGUGUUACGCGUUGUCUGUCGUUUCUAGUUAUCAAACUGUGGUGCGAAAUGGAACCUCCAGGCGGGAGGGAUUCCCGUUUUAACAUGAGUUACAGCAUGAACCUGCUGAGUGGCGAAACACCACCAGAGAUCUAUGGGAACCCUAACCUAGGUCGACCGUCUACAAGUUUGCAACAGUUGUCUCCGCGUCAUACAAUGGUUUCUAGUGCAUGUGGCGGUCGCGGAGGUAUGAAGAACGACGUAUGUUACGACGACAGGGGCAUGUCCUCGCAGGGAAUGGGCCUGGAGUCCUGUGUUAACGAUAUGAACGAAGACACUUACAACUCCCUGCAGUCGAAGAAAUCGCCGCCUAGCAACGGCAAGAAGACGAAGGGGAGAGUCAAGAUCAAGAUGGAAUACAUCGAGAAUAAACUACGUCGGUAUACGACGUUUUCAAAGAGGAAGACUGGGAUUAUGAAAAAGGCCUACGAACUAUCAACCCUAACCGGCACCCAAGUGAUGCUGCUGGUAGCCUCAGAAACCGGCCACGUCUACACCUUCGCCACCCGCAAGCUCCAACCAAUGAUAACGAGCGAGGCGGGGAAGGCCCUGAUCCAGACGUGCCUCAACUCCCCAGAUCCUCCUGCAGGAUCAGCCUCCGGCGACCAGAGGAUGUCGGCCACCGGCUUCGAGGAGACCGAGCUGACCUACAACAUCAGCGACGAGGACUCCAAAGACGAAAACAUGUCCGGUGCAGAAUCCAGCGGAGACUCAAGCGACGGAGAAAACGGAGAAUCAGAGAACCCUCUACAACUCUACAUCCCUCCGGAAAUAACUAUCAAACCCACCAAUUCUCCUGACUCGUCUCAUCCACCAGCCAAAACAUCUCGCAUGUCAGCAGAAUCAUCGUCAACCAGCACCUCGUACUCUUCAGCCAAUAACGUCUCGUCCACAAGCACGAAAAUGUCAUCUUCUACCGCCACUUCCAGCACCAACCCUCCGCCACUGAUCUCACCCUUGGUCUACCAAACCCCCCAGGGCAUGAUGUACGCCCAGCCUAAUGGCAACGGCGUACUCUUCAGUCUGGCCCAUACUGAUCCCAAUUCCAACCAGCCUCAGUUUAUCACCAUACCGUUGUCUAUGGUUACGGCAAAUGGUCAAGGCGAGCUUGAUCUGUCGAAGAGGAAAACCCGCAACCCUGCCAAAGAUGAUUCUAACGAUUUAAGUUAGUAGAUUUUUUUUUAUUUUGUUUUAUUCUCAGACAAUGUGAAGUAUUUUCAUCGAGGACUCUUUAUCUGGAAACUAUUCGACAAAUUCAGUAGCCUGUGUCAAACUUUGAUAGUAAAGUUACCAGUAAAGAUGAUGGUAUCUCUGAUGUAGCACUACAUUCCUAAAUCAGCCAUAAUCAACUUGGGCAGUAAUAUCAUCAAUAGCAUUGUAGGAUCACUGAAAGCACAAAAUUAUGAUACAAACACUCACUUGAAAAUGUCUCAUAUUUCAAUUGUUCAAAGUAAAAUCAGCGUUGGAAAGAAAACUUGUACUUGCAGUCGGCUUUCCAAAAUAUCAAAAGAGUUAAGCUUGGUCAUUAUGGGCCCUUUGAUAUUCAACCUCAUAGUCCUGCAGGCUCUGAGGCCUUUUUGUUGGUUAUCAGGAAUUUUAUCAAUGUCUUAGACGUACCUAAAAUAAUCUUACCCUAGUUACUUGAUAAUGAUGUUGAAUUAUUCAGGAAAUAUUCCUUUUAGAGAAAGAAGAAAUAGAUGCCUGGAAGACUUGGACCGAUGUCCAAUUGAUUAUAUUAUCAAUAAAGUACUUCUAUUC